AUGCGGCGCGGCGCUCGUCGCCCCCGAAGGCGCAGCGGUUUUAUUGAGCCGGGGACGGGUUGGGGACGGUCCGUCACGGCGCCGAGGCGCUACGGCAGCAGGGCCUCCUCCUGCAGCCGCUGCCCCAGCUCCGCCGGCAGCUCCGGGCGGCGGGCGGCCCCGACAACGGGAAAGACCUCAGCUCCGGAGCCUGAGGCCAUCUCCAGCGCCGCGUCCCAGCCCGAGCCCGACUGCUCCUCGGAGAGCGGGAAGGCGUCGCCCAGCUCCUGGUACGUCUUCAUCCUGAAACACCAGAGCCGUCACAAACACCGCUUCCCUUUCACUGCCCGGUACCCCGUCCCCGAGCCCACCCGAGGGCCCUCGCACUUACAGGGCAGGGUUGGCCAGGGGCGGCAGGAUCCUGUUGGCCGCUCCGUCGGGCAGCUGGAACCACGGCCCCGUCUCCUCCACGCAGUUGGGGCUCCAGGCGUCGGGCCGGCACCGCACCCGCUUGUACCGCGCCCUCUGCGCGGGGGCACCUGGUGGGAGCAGCCCGCGUCAGUCCGCAGCGCCCGGCGGCCCGCAGCCCAGCGAAGCUCCCCGAGCCCCCUGCCUCAGCUCGGAGCCGACAGACGAGCCUCCAGCGUUACCCAAAGGACCGAAGCAACGAUCCUUCCUUUUGGUCUCAUUUAAUUAACUUGUUCUCAACCCCCCCGGCACGUUGUCCUCCUUUUGGCCCUUUAUCUAAUUGUUCUCGUUUUCUUGGGAAUAUCUGCCUGUAAUUAUGGCUCUCUAUUGCCUUGUGUAUUGCUGUCAUGUGCUAGGUGACUUUCCGCAUCUUCCUACACUCUGCCAGAGACAAAAAAAUAACCUCUCAGAGAGGAUUUUCUCCUGCUUUCACAGUAUAUUCCCUUUUUAAUUUACAUCUCUUAACACCUUAUUAGGAAGGUUGUUGUUUUUGUAAUAACAGCGGCAACAGAAGAAACUGCUGUGACGUAUGUACAUAAGCAUUACACAGAACUGAGGCUACAAACAAGCUCUCAAAGACCAUCCUCAGGAUAGACACAGCAGUAGGUGCCUAAUGGAAGCCUCUCACUGUGGUAGCCUUGGUUUGGCAGAGAAUUAUCCUACAUAUGCAUGCUAAGUGCCUCUCUCUUGCAAGGAAUGACUCCACAGGGCACUUGUCGUCGUGAAUCAACAUUUCCUUUUCGUUGUUUUAGUGCUGCGUGUUGCAAUGCUUUCUGUACCAAAUAAACCGUACAGUUUCCUCACA